AAUAUAACUCGGCUUUCGCAAGUAAGACCUCACAAGUCACAAAGGCAAAAGUUCUGCAGACGCGGCAAACAUAGAGAGAAGAAACAUAUACCUCAAAAGCGCAAUACACAAACCAGACGAAGAAGAAAAUCCACUUUUAGAUUUCUCCUACAAAUCAAACACAAUAUGGUGUCUCAAAAGCUAGAGAUCUGCAUCGAAUUAGUGAAGAUUGGCGUCGUUUUUGUCGCCACUGUGGCUGAAUCAGUAGAAAAAGCUUUCCGUAAGCCACCACCGUCGCUUCCGGCAGUUCAUGAUAGUCGCCGGAACAAUUACGCCGACGUUCCUAUUCCUCUCGUUGGAUUCAUGUGAUGAGCUUUUUUUUGGGUUUUGGCCUCGUUAAAGUUAGUAGCUCUCGUGCCAUGUGGCGUUUUGGAAGUUGUUGGUUUGUGUAUAUAAGAAUCUUGAAGAGUUACAGAUGAAUCAAAUCGUCAAUGCUUAUAAAACUUUUUGACUAUUAAA